UGCCGUGACCUGUGUGGCCGACUGGUUUGGCAUCUGCCGCGAAUGCAAAAGAUGCUGGUUCAUUCCGAGCCCUGCGCACGGAGGCCUUGGUCACUUUUUCUUUCAUAAAUGACAUUUAUUUCAAUUUAAAAUAAGAUAUAGAUGCCACAGAGGAGAGAUUUGAAACAAUAAACGGAUAUUUGUCUUGCUUUACCAAUUACAGUUAGUCCAAAAGUUCAUAUCAUCAUGUUUUAUUGGUCUGUGUGCGCUCGCGCCAGCAAUGUGAAUAGCUGGCCUGGAAAGUUGGCGCAAUAAUAAAAAUAAUAAUUAUACACAACAGAAUAAUAGCCGGUUUAAUCAAGUCCCCGCGGGCCGUAAAUUGAAAGUUGGCGUGUUUUGAGGGCCAGUUCAUAUCCAUAUGAAUACUCCUUUAAUACGGGAUCGGAAUAAAUUAGGUCAAAUCUGCCUGGUGCUUUAUACUGCGUAAUGACAACAAGCACGGCUUGUGGUUAAACGGUCACCGUAGCUUAUAUUGUACUUUACAUUUUGUAGAUUAUUAAUACUUAUGUAUUAAAGGUAUUGACAGGCUUAAGGACAAUUUUAUUGCAGUGUACGCUUAGAAUGGUCCGGGUCCGAGCCGAGGCGCCCGAUACUUCAAGAAAACAUCACGUGAUCACCGAUCAUCUGUCAUGGAAAACGAAGUGUCGGAAGCAAAGAGAAUUUCAAAUGAUGAUGAUGACUCCUGCCCGGUUUCGGUCACAGCGAUUGUGUGUUCUGGAGUGGAUUUUUAGGGUUCCGUAGCCAAAUGGCAAAAAACGGAACCCUUAUAGAUUCGUCAUGUCCGUCUGUCUGUCCGAUUAUGUUGUCAGAUAAUUAGCAUGUGGAGGGUAAAAUAAAAACCAGUCUCAAAGCAGCGCUCGUCUUUAACUUACGUCCCCUGUGCCCUUGCAUACUGAACAUGGCGCAGCCGGUUUUUAAAAUUUACUAAUUCAUAGUCAAUAGUGUUAUUCGAAGUAGAAGUGAUAAGAUAACUGUAAUAAAAACGUAAAAGUGAAGUGCUAUGCAAUAUAAAAGCUAAAAUAAUUUCCAAGUACAAUGGAAGCCAUUUUGCAACCACCGCCGCCGUUUAUAUUUGAAAAUAAUCUUGUAAAUGUGACAUCUGGUAAUUUAAGUAAAGAGUGGGACAAAUGGAAAAAGAGUUUUAAAAUUUACUAUGCAGCGUGUGAAAUCGGCAAGAAAGAUGUGAUAGUGCAGAUAAAUAUUUUGCUUCACGUCAUUGGUGAUCGGUGCAGAGACGUGUACGAUCAAUUUACGGAUAAAACAAAAUGUGAUACUGUAGACAAAGUGUUGGAGAAAUUUGAUUGUUUUUUUUUCCCAAAGAAGAAUUUAACGAUCGAACGUCACAGAUUUUUUACACGCGAUCAGAGUGAAUUCGAGUCCGUGGAACAGUACGUGUUCGAAUUAAAUAAAAUGGCAGUGAAAUGUGAAUUUAAAGACCUGUGCCAAGACUUAGUGCGAGAUAGAUUGAUAUGUGGAAUAAGAGAUGGAUCGCUACGGGAACGCUUGUUAAGGGAACCUGAUUUGACUUUAACGAAGGCUGUAGAGAUAGGUAAUUUGGCAGAAUUAUCCCGAGCACAAGCUGUGACCUUGAAAUCGGAGAGCACUGAGCAUCACCACGUUCAAGAAAUUUCGAAUGAAAAUCAGGGUACUAACUCACAAGUGAAGGAGAUUGAUGCCAUACGAAAAGACCGCCGUUUUUCUCGAGGGCAGCGGUCAAGGUCAUCGCGCGCGCGAUCGGGCGGACAAUGGUCGCGCCCAUGUCCGUCGCGGCAGCAAGAGUAUCAUCAGGACUCGCGUGGUGCUAGAGGUAGCCUACCUACUUCACACUACCGUGAGGAGAGAAAGUGGCACAAUACGCCGAUGUAUCGUGGUUGUCUACAAUGUGGUGGAGUUCAUCCGAAGUUUAAAUGCCCGGCAUAUGGACAGCAAUGUUUAAGUUGUAAGAAAUUGAAUCACUACUCGAGAAUGUGUGGAAUCUAUGAGGUGCGCGGGGACUCUUCCGAUCAGGUAAAUAAACAAAAGGGUGUAAAGAAUGAUGAUUUUCUAGAGAGUUUACAAAUUUGUGGUUGUUUGCCAGGAAAUUACAAAAUUAGACUAAAAGAUGACGUCAGACCAGUAGUCCAUUCACCUAGAAAAUUACCGGUAGCAUUAAAAGAUAAAAUCAAAAAUAAGUUGGAAGAAAUGCAGGAACAGGGCAUUAUUGCCAAGGUUGAGCGCCCCACGGAUUGGGUGAACAGCAUGACGGUGGUAAAAAAGCCUAAUGGCGACCUGCGGAUAUGUUUGGAUCCCCAGGACCUUAACAAGGCUAUUCGGCCUGAUCAGUGCGCCUACGUGUUCCCUUGCCCCCGCGCAGUCCCCGCCGCACUCGCUCAGCACCGGUUCUAA